AUACGAGUCACAGACGGGCAGUAAAGGUAAACCACUGCAGAUAGGCCACACUUCCAGUCGAAACGGUAUCAACUCAGGCUAUUCACGUACACAGUCACCACACCGCAAGUCCAAAACAGUGGGCACUCAGGCUAUGUUGCAGAGACAGUAUAUGAAGGCAGGUGGUCCUCCCGUGCCAGCCACGCAGAUUUUAUCGCCGGACGAAGGACGUCGUAAUGUGAUGUUUGUUUGGAAGGCCGAUGCAGAUACAAAGGUAGAGGUGUCCGGGUCAUGGGAUGGGUGGAAGCGUCGCGUGGAGCUACAGAACGACAACUGGCAGCACUUUGCGGUUAUAGACAUGUUGUGCGGCGAGUACGAGUACAAGUACAUCAUCGACGGCAAGUGGACCUUUGACGUAAACAAGCCCAAGUGCGACGACAUGCUGGGAUCCUUCAACAACUACUUCAGGAUCUGAUCAAUAGAUACACACUGAUGCACAUUGUGUGUAUGUACAUGUGUGUAGUAUGUAUUCACUAAUAAAGCGGAGAGGGUGUGGGGGGCUAUAAGCAGUAUUGUUAUGCGUUUAUGAACAUACCGGGUCAGUUAGCUGGCAACGGCCUCUCCACUUAUGCAGCUAUUCCGUUUCCCUCGUCUG